AACAAACAAACAAACAAAAUUCAUUUUCAAUUUGUUUAUUGAACAAACAACAACAACAACAACAACUAAAAAUGAUGGAUCAAUAUCAAUCAAUUAUUCCUGAGGCUAAAUUGAUCGAUGUUCAAUCAUGGUUAAAAGAAAAUGAAUCAAAUUUUCAACCACCAAUUUGUAAUAAAAUGAUGCAUAAUGAUCAAUUGAAAAUAUUUUUUGUCGGUGGACCAAAUGAAAGAAAUGACUAUCAUAUUGAACUUGGUGAAGAAUUUUUUUAUCAAUUAAAAGGUGAUAUGUGUUUAAAAGUGAUUGAAUGUGGUCGACAAAAAUCGAUUCAUAUUCGACAAGGAGAAGCAUUUCUAUUGCCGGCCCGAAUACCACAUUCACCACAACGAAAAGCCAAUACAAUCGGAAUGGUUAUCGAACGAAAACGAGAAAAAAAUGAACUAGAUGGACUACGUUAUUAUGUUGAUGAUUAUUGUAAAACCAUUCUUUAUGAACGUUGGUUUCAUUGCAAUGAUUUGGGCACACAAUUAGUGCCGAUCAUUAAGACAUUUCAUGAUUCUAACGAAUAUAAAACGGGAAAACCAUCGGAAAAUUCUCGAUUAAUUGAAGCGCCGUAUAUGGAUGAUAACAGAACCGAAAAUGUUGAUCCAAUUAGUUUAUCAAAAUGGUUGCAAUGUUAUGAUGAAGAAAUUGAUCAGAUUGGUCAUCGAACAUUGUUCAAUGAAUCACAUGGUUUUACUACAAAAGUAUACAUUUAUGGUGGUAAUUUUAAACAUUGUAUUCGAUCGGAUAAGAAAUUGGAUCGAUUCGAAAUUUUUAUUUGGCAAAUGUUGGGUUCGGCCACUAUACGUUUGGAUCAACAGCCACAAAUUCAUUUAAAAACGGGAAAUAGUUUAAGAAUUCCACCAUUUACACGUGUCGAAUUGAACACAAAAUCUGGUUGCUAUACAUUGGUAUUAUCAAUGCCAUCAUCAUCAUCAUCAGAAUAAACUUGGUCCAAGCGAAUAAUGAUCAAAUUUAUUUGCUGAUAGAAUCAG